AUGACAGGAAAACGAAGAGUUUUGGCAAGUGGAUUAGUAGCAAUAGAGACACUAUUGGGAUGGACUUUAACAGGGAAAGCACCUGAAAAUGAUUUACCGUCAAGCAACGCAAUGUUGGUUACUUCACUUUUAGUAAAAGAAAUGGAUAUUUCUGAGCUGUGGAGAUUAGAUUCUUUAGGAAUAAAAGAUCCUUCAGAACAAAAAUCUAGAGAGGAAAUGCAAGAAGCCUCAAUGGAACAUUUCUUAAAUACAGUGAAAGUUGGAGGAGACGGCCGUUUUAUAGUUAGUCUGCCAUGGCUUGAUGGGCAUUUGCCUUUGCCAGAUAAUUAUGAUUUGGCGUUAAAGAGAUUGCAAAUGACAACACGCAAGUUGAAAACCGACAAAUUGUAUGAUGCCUAUGGAGAAGUGUUCAAGGACUGGGAGGAAGAGGAAAUAAUUGAAGAGGUUCCAAAAGAAGACAUGGGGAUACCUUGUCACUACUUACCUCAUCGACUUGUGAUAAAGGAGAGCAGCACAACUAAAAUCAGGACCGUGUUCAAUGCUUCUUCUAAGAGAAAAGGAGUUCCUAGUUUAAAUGAUUGUGUAGAAAAAGGGUUAAAUUUGAUAGAAGUAAUUCCCUCAAUGAUAAAUAAAUUUCGAAGAUAUAAAUUUGGUGUAACAGCUGAUAUACGUAAGGCAUUUUUGCAAUUAAGUCUUUAUGAAAAUGAUAGAAAUUUCUUACGAUUCUUAUGGUAUGGAGAAGAAGGACAGCUGAAACAUUUUCGUCAUCGAAGAGUUGUGUUUGGCGUUUCCUGUAGUUCGUUUUUGCUUGGGGCCACUAUUCAAUACCAUUUGAAUAAUAAACUAGAUGAAGCAAUGGGAGGGAAUGAAAAAUACCCUAAAGAUAUUAUACAGGAACUAAUAUGCAGUUUUUAUGUAGAUAAUUGCCUCACAAGCAUGAAAACUGAAUCAGAGUUGAAACAACUCAUAGAAGUUGCUACUAAUAUUAUGGCUGAAAGACAAUUUGAUUUACGAGGGUGGGAGUCUACUAACCCAUCAGAAUCUAAUUCUAGUGAGACCAACAUUCUGGGAAUGAAGUGGAAUAGACAAAGUGAUACUCUUUCCGUAAAUAUUCCUGAUGUUAAUGAAACAAACAAUGAAGUGAUCACCAAGCGAAAUAUUUUAUCAGCUUCAUACAGAUUUUUUGAUCCCAUAGGGAUAACCAGUCCAGUGAUGAUGCGUCCAAAACUCUUGCUACAAAAUUUGUGGAAGUCUAAAAUUGGUUGGGACGCUGAAGUUGAUCAAAAAACGGGCGAAGAAUUUCUAAGAUGGUUAAAUGAGCUUGAAUGUUUGAAGAAUGUGAAGGUAGCAAGAUGGUUGCACUGCGAUAAGGGAGUUGAAAAUAUUUCACUUCAUUUUUUUUGUGAUGCAAGCAAGUAUGCCUAUUCGGCAGUAGUCUUUCUGCGAGUUUGUUAUAUGACUAAUGUUUAUGUACAGCUGGUACAAAGUAAAACAAGAAUUGCCCCUUGUGGGAAAAAAGAGACAACAAUUGCAAGAUUAGAACUUCUUGGUGCCACAAUAUCUGCUCGUCUAUCCACUGAGGUACGAAAAGAGUUUAAAACCCACAAUGUGUAUUUUUGGACAGAUUCCACCACAGUGUUAGCUUGGUUGAAAAGAGAAGAAACGUGGGGUGUAUUCGUGCAGAACCGUGUUCAAGAAAUUAGGAAACUGACACCAGUUAAAGCAUGGAGACAUAUACCUGGAUCCUUGAAUCCCGCGGAUCGGCCAAGUAGAGGUUGUUCAGCUAAACAAUUGUGCCAGUCAAAAUGGUGGGAUGGUCCCAGUAGGUUGUAUCCUCCAUCUCGUGAAUGGCCAACUAACGACUCAGAGGAAAAUGUCAAUGAAGAAGAAGUGAUUAGAGAAAAAAGAAGAACGAUCGUAUCUUCAAUUGUAAAUAUUGAAGUUACAGAAAUAUGGAGCGAUAAUUUUUCCUCUUACAGUAGAAACAUCAGAGUGAUGUCAUGGAUUCUUCGUUUCAUACGUAACGCAUCACAUGAAAAUAAAUUAAAAGGUAACUUGAGCUAUGAAGAAUUCAAAGAAGCAGAAACUCACGUUCUCAAAUCCAUACAAUUAAAAGCGUUUCAAGAUGAGAAGUUUCUUAACGAAAUGCAAUUUAGAGAUGAAAAGGGAUUACUGCGAAUAAGAACCAAACUUGUAAAUAGUGAUGAAACAGAAGAUUUUAGAUUUCCCAUUCUUUUACCUGGUAAUAGUUUCGUUAUGAAGUUAAUACGAGAAGAGCAUGAAAAGUCAAUGCAUGCUGGUUCUUCUAUCGUACUUGUCAGACUUAGGGAGAAGUCUUGGAUUCUUAAAGCUAAGAAGUUAGUAAAAGAAGUCAUUUCUAAAUGUGUGACAUGCAAGCGUUUCAAAUCUAAACCAGUUGAAGUUCCCUUCACUCCGCUGCCUAGAGAAAGAGUAACCUUGACAAAAGUCUUCGAGGUAAGUGUUAUAGAUUAUGCUGGUCCUCUCUACUUGAAGUCAAAAGGAAAAGCUUGGAUCGUUUUAUUUACGUGCACCGUUUACCGAGCGGUCCAUUUUGAACUGGUGCAAUCACUCACCACAGAUGCUUAUAUCCAAGCCCUCAGGCGAUUCAUUGCCAGGCGAGGCCGGAUUUCAAUCCUUUAUUCCGACAACGGCACAAACUUUGUGGGAGCCAGCAGAGCAUUGAAAGUAUUAGACUGGGACAAGAUAGCCGCAUACUCAACCGCUCAGAGAAUCACUUGGAAAUUUAUUCCACCUACCGCAGCAUGGUGGGGUGGGUGGUGGGAGCGAAUGGUCAGAAUGCUCAAAGAACUGCUACGUCGAGUUCUAGGGAAAUAUACCAUCGAUUACGAAGAACUCUACACGAUAUUGUGUGACUGUGAGUCAGUAAUAAAUUCAAGGCCACUCACUUACAUACAAGAUAAUCCAAAUGAAUUAGUACCGUUGACACCCGAAAUGUUUAUUCACGGUGGCGGUAACAACGAAACACCAGAUCUAAAUAAUGUAGACCGAUGUUGCCUCAUAAAACGUAUAAAGUAUUUACAAAAGCUACGUGAAAAUCUCAGACAAAGAUUCAGAAAUGAAUACCUUGCUCUUUUAGUCCACAAAGGGGUAAGAAGAAAUAACGUUUUAGACGUUGGUGAUGUUGUGUUAAUAGGACAUGACAAUGUCCGUCGUAUCUAUUGGCCACUUGGAGUUAUUUUAGAAAUUUUUCCUGGUAAAGAUGGCAUUCCUAGAGUUGCAAAACUGAGGACCAGUAAGGGGGAAAGGAUCCGUCCUUUUCAAAGGCUUUACCCAUUAGAAGUGUCUACCAAAAUUGAUAUUGAGGUCUUAAAAGCUGCUAGAAAGACUGGCAAUUUUGUAGAAAACAAUGAAGCUUUAGAGGUGAAUUAUUUUCCUAAAACUAAGUCAGGAAGAAUCAUUAAAAUUCCUUUUCGGUUGGACUUAUGA